CUUCAACUUUCCAGGGUGAAAAUGGAGAAUUAUGAAGUAACAGUUUACACCACAAACUGUGCCUUUGCCGCCACCUUCAACAAUGUCUACAUUAAGCUGGUUGGCACAGAAGGGGAGAGCAAUCGCAGCUGGCUUUUUAGCAUUGUAGGGUCUCUGGCCCUCUUCAAAGGAGACGUUGCACAUUUCACUGUCAGCUGCCCCAAACCCCUUGGAACAUUAUUCCUGAUAGAGCUGGACAAGCAGGAUUUCCUAGUCUUCCAAGACUCUUGGUACCCCUCUAGAGUGGAGGUGAGAUCUCCUGAAGGAGACACGUACUGCUUUCCUGUCCACCGCUGGAUCACUGACCGUGAGGUGUACCGCUUCAGAGAGGGAAAAGCUGUGAAAGCCUUUGAAGAAACCCACGAUCUUGCCAGGUACGCCAGGAAGCAGGAGCUCAUUGGUCGAAAGAAAGACUAUUGCUGGGAAGAGUGGAAAAAAGGACUACCUCACUGCAUUAAGGGGAAAAGUCCUCUUUCUCUGCCUCCUGAAGUUAGGUUCUCCUACACCAAAAAUACUGAGUUUUUUUGGACUUCAGCAAUUGGGCAAGCUCAGCGGCACCUGAAAGGACUGGAAAAACGACACGAGCCAUGGGCUGACAUCGAUGCGUUUGAUCGGGUGUUCACCUACAGGACGACUGACAUGUCAGAAUAUGUCCAGGAACAAUGGCAGGAGGAUGCUUUCUUUGCCUACCAGUAUCUAAAUGGUGUCAACCCCAUAAUGAUCAGACGCUGCGAAGUACUGCCAGAAAACUUUCCUGUCACCGAUGAAAUGGUCUCGUUUUGUCGGGGUAGCUUGAGGAGAGAAAUGGAGAGAGGCAACAUAUUCCUUUGUGACUACGAGCGUUUGGAUGGAGUGACAGCAAACACCAUCAAUGGGAAGAAGCAGUACUUGAUGGCCCCACUCGUCCUGUUCCACAACAGAGGGGGCAAGUUGAUGCCAAUUGCUAUUCAGCUGAAGCAAACCCCCGCAGACGACAAUCCAAUCUUUCUUCCCACUGACUCUGCGUAUGACUGGUUGAUGGCCAAGAUCUUUGUGAGAAGUGCAGAUUUCCAAGAACAUCAACUCAACGUUCACCUGCUGCGCACUCACCUGCUGGCUGAAGUUUUCGCAGUGUCACUUCUGCGCAAUGUGCCCAUGGUGCACCCACUGUACAACCUCCUUGUACCUCACACUCGCUACACUCUGCAAAUCAACAUGUUGGCUCGACUUGGUCUAAUUUCUGAAAAAGGAGUAUUCACAGAGUUUGCAGCCUCUGGGGGAGAGGCCAUGUUCACAAUCAUGAAGAGAUCACUGUCCUCAAUGACCUACAAGUCCCUCUGUAUACCAGACGACGUUGAGGAGCGUGGGGUUAGGGACAUACCCAACUACUACUACAAGGAUGAUGGACUCAAGCUUUGGGAUAUUAUCUUCAGGUUUGUGGAAGGAGUACUCAGCUACUACUACAAGACUGACGAUGUGGUUGUGAAGGACUCUGAGCUGCAGGAAUGGAUUCAAGACAUUUUUGAACAUGGAUUCCUUUCUCAAGAACAAACAGGAAUUCCAAAGAAAUUUUCCACCGUGGCUGAGCUGAUCAAGUUUGUCACCAUGGUGAUCUUCACCUGCUCAUGCCAGCACUCAGCUGUGAACAGUGGACAGUAUGACCAUGGUGCCUGGAUGCCCAACACUCCCAUCUCCCUGCAGUGUCCUCCGCCAACAACAAAGGGAAGAAAAGACCACAUUAUGAUGCAGACUUUGCCUGACAUCAGCACAACAGUUAAGGGCAUGUCCACCAUGUGGCUUCUCAGCAAGGAGUCUUCUGACUUUGUCCCGCUUGGCCAGUACCCGGAGCAAUAUUUCAGUGAGGGUUUUACCCGCAAGCUGAUUAAGCGCUUCCAGCGAGAACUUCGCAAGUUGAGUGUUGCCAUCCAAGCCAGAAACGACGAUCUGAAACUGCCGUAUACGUACUUGGAUCCAGCCAACUUUGAAAAUAGUGUUGCUAUUUGA